UUCCUUGCCGUGGAUGACAUAGCUUUUCAAACCGAAGGAUGUGAAGUAAUUCCCUGGCAAGGCAAGUGUGAUUCACCCAGUUGAACAACAACCGCGUAGAUUGUUUUCACUGAUCUGCAAUGAUCAGAUUCGCUUUCAUGUAAUGUCACUGUUUAAAUGGUAAGAAAAACAAGACUUUUAAAAUCCCGGUCAAUUUCAGCGCGGCUGAUAUUUUUCAAUAGCCCAAUGCAUUAUGAUCUUUAUCAGUGUAAAUAUUUUCUAAGGAGCAUUGUUCAGUUAAAAUAAGAUUCUGAAUUCCUAAAAGUACAUCCUGUCGAUUACUAAGUAAAAAAGCCCUUUUUGUAAAUAGUUUCUUAAACACCACCAUAGAAAUGUACCAGUUAAUCAAGAAUAUCACACACUUUAUUCGCACCUUUCACACAUUACAUUUCCUGGUACAAUUUUCCUUUUUCUGUUGCUGUUUAUUAUUACUUGUUGGAAUAUAAAUUUUGGUGUCUAGUGGCCAAGCGUGGCCAAGUAAACUAAUGUUACCUUGUUGGUCCCCAGCUCCUAUGAAUAUUUACGUACACAGUAACUAAACGUAUGCCGUUUCAAUUUGUCUUUGUUCUUAAAAGUGACAUUUGUUCCAGAAUAUGGAAAAAAUCCCCUCAAAACACAAUAUUUCUGGAAACUAGACGGAAGCGACAAAGAUGUAAGGUAUGCUUUAGAUUAGAAUAGCCUCACUGCCCUUUGAGUAUAAAAUUAAAACUUGCGAUACUAAAUGCACAACACGACUUUCAUUGUGAGCACCAAAAACACGCAAACGGUUUAAAGGACGCGUAGGUACAGAAUUUACACCAGCAUACUUCAAACAAAUCGUUUAAUUUGGGCUAGUGUAGAAUAUUCAGAAGAUGGGGGCUCCACCAGAAAGUUUAAACAUAGAACAGAAAUGUGUGACGAUAGUUUUUGCCCUUCCAAGUACAAAUCGGGGAAAUAAGAGUAAAGAGAACUCGAGUGACUUCGGCGUAAGAACAACAACGGGUAAAACUAACUCUGCAACUCGCUUGGCUAGCGGGAAAGGAAGGUGUCACUAUUCCAAGGUACUAGGAUCUGCUACAACUGGAAACAGGACAGGACUCAAACUUGGACUUCAACAGUUUAAUCUUCAGUUCGUGAACGUCAAAUAAAUCCGCGAUGAAAAAUAGUACAAGCAUAGGACUCCGCAAUGAAAUCGUACAAGCAUAUAAAUCCGCAAUGUAAAUCGAAAAACAGGAAUAACAGUGCUAUAUUUGCACUAAGCGAUCAACUUAUUACAACAUCUCAAAACAAACGGAAAGAAGGCUGAAUAAAAUCAGCUGAACAGCAAAAACAAAUCUGGAUAAAUUCAGGUUUAAAGUUCAUAUGUUAAAUGUCAGUCAAGCAAGUGAAUUUAGGAAACCUACAAAGAAAGCUGUGUAAAAGAAUUCGAGUUUCCUUUGCUCAGGAUUCCCUAAAAUGUCAAAACUAAAAACUACGACUGAACGGUUGGUAUUUGAACAGGCGAAAGAUCCAGUUAUUCAGUCACUAAGUUAUAAUAAUUAUCCAGAAACAAAUUAUCCUUUUAAAAGUUAACAUUGAAGUAAAAUGUGUAUAAUUUAAGGGAACUAAAACAACUCAAUGCAAAUUCAAUGUAAAUUAUGGCUAACACAACUUCAAAGGGAAUAUUUAAAAGCUAGAUAUGAAAUUCGAAUCAAAUAAAGAAUACAUGGAAGAUCUCUCCUUACAUUCCUCCCACCUUAAAAAAUUUCGACGUCCUCGUCGAAGAAAACUGAACUAAAGAGUACUUGGGGCACGUAACAAAAAUAGCUUCAAUUUCGUAACUUGAUAAAAUAAUAGAACUAUGAACUUUGAUCUCACUCUGAUCUGACAAAAAUUGCUUGUGAACUUUUCUCUCUCUAAGGCAUAUGUUUGAGGCAAAACUUAAUAUGAAGUGGACUAAACGGUACUUAAACGUCAAUGAGUAUCAUGACAAUAUUGCAAUUCCUAUCAAUCUCUUUUUCGUAUUCUGUCUGCGAACUAUGUAACUAUAAGAUGAUUACCUGGGACGGAUUCUUUUUUUUUCUUUUUCUUUUGCUUUCGUACAAAAAUACUAAAAACCUAAAAUAAAGUUCCUUGGGUGUGACGGUGGCUGCUUUAAGUACGGAAAGGCACUCGUUGUAUCCUUCUCUGAACGGUGCUCACGGCGCUGUGCAAUGCAUGGAUUUACGUAAGACCUCUCUUGUGACAGGAAUUCGUGGUUUAGUGUAGAAUUGCUUCGGGGAACUUCAUAAACUGUUCUGUCUGGAAAAUCGUCAUCAGUUGACGUCAUAGGUGGAAACUGUCUUGUACUUAUCUGCUGGACUUGCUGAGGCGGGUCUCGCAUGGUCUGAGAUUCACCAUUUGCUUUUCCAAUUUUAUAGUGCUCUUUUUGUUUGUGUGGCACACUUGAAUGGAUACACCGGCAGCCUUUCUUAUGUCGAAAGCUCGCUCUGGUACGGCAGAUAUCCGUGAAGUCAUCUGAACUGUAAACGUUUUGGUUAGGCACCGAUGCGUUUGUUGCAGUCAGUAGGUAUAAAGCGAUAAAAAGCGUAGUCAAAAAGGAUUGACGGAUCAAUAACCGAGAAAUAUUCGUCUUUCCACUAUGGCGAGUUGCGGGAAUCUGCUGGGAACGGCGAUAACUUUUGUUGGGCACAUUUGUGUCGUCAGAGGCUGAUGGGAAGAAUAACGUUCCUAUGAAAGCUGGGGGUAGGGCACGUUUUCUCGAGGCUCUGCUUUGCUUAAUAGGAGUUUUCUCUGUGGCAGAAUGUUCCUCAGUGAAUUCUUUACCACGUGUUGGCAGGACGGGGCUUUAAUCGCAAGUCAGGCCUUGUACUAAUUCUCUCUCUGGGUAAGGUUCAUCUCCUUUGCCAUCCAACCGUAAGGUACUCUCCUUUAGAUUGAUAAUGGCUCCAUUUUCUCGCAGGAAAUCUCUUCCUAGAACAGCAUCAUAAGAGAGAUCUUGAUCUACUAGGAAGAUGCAUGAGUAACUUCCAUUGGCGAUGUCUAAAGCGGUCGUGAACAUACCCAGGACAGGCAAAGCUUUGCAACUCACGGUUUUCACAUCUACGUUGUCAGUCUGGAGUUUAGGAAAUUGUUCCUUGUAGACGUCUUUCAGGACUUCUUUGUCGAUUACGCUAAUUGUGGCUCCGGUGUCAACAAGUGCUUUAAUGCUUUGUCCAUUCAAUUGUGCACUGACGGUCAGAUCUCUAGGCUUAGCCUGUGAACUUUCUUUGACAAUGUUACUACUACUCUGGAGCGGAGAUGACUGACUGUGAGACUGAGAGCUGACUGGGACGGGACAAAAGGAACUUGGUAUGACAUUGGUGUGAUGCUCUUCUAAUGAAGGAGACUGCUUCAAAGUGUCGUCAUUAUUCUGUAACCCAAUAACUUGCUGUGGUUGAGGUGAACUAUUGACUUGACCGUUUAUCGUGAACUUGGAGGGUUCAUGAAACAAGGAUUGUUCUACAUCACUUGGAAUCUCUUCAGCAUGUUUGGCUGAAAAUGAAGGGAGCUUGUCGCUGUUGGGAACACUUAGAGACGGGAAUUUAACUAGAGGACGUGGUAACUGUGGGGUGCCGUGAGGGACUACAACACGAAAGGUCUGGGCUCCGUUAGACUGAGUACCGGGAUGUCCUGUUGUUUUGGGUCUACUUGGUAGUUGCCCAAACAGCUCUAGAGCUGAGGAUAAAUAGAAUUUGAUUUCUUCUUGAAUAUUUUCCACAUUACUUUCUGGUGUUCUCGCAGGUCCUGGAACGUGACCAAGGUGUGGUUGAGUUUUGCGUUUGGCAGUGGGCUUCAUGUACUGAAACGUUUGAUUUCUUUGGCCUGACAAUGGUGGUGGGCGAGGUGUUAAUCUCCUAUGCAAAUUUUCAGAGUUUCGAGACUUUUGUUUGGAGAACAUUACAGCUUAAAAUAGAAAUGAUAUUGACACUCGCCUUUUGCAUUAUUUUGCCAUUUUUGUGGAAGAGUUCUUGUGAAUCAUUAGAUACUUGGCUGCUCGUAUUUCGCUCCAGUUCUGCAAUGAAAUCUUCAUUGGAUGAGUGUUCAUCAAGUGCUGCUACGAUCAGAUCACGUCGGUGUAGCUGUGGCGAAUUUCGAUAAUUAUCUCGUGGUUGAUUAUAACUGGAAUGUGCCUGAUAAUUAGGUCUGCGAGCGGGAAAUGAUUCUUGAGGCAGUAGUUGAGGGCUUGGCUCUCUGCGUUCGGGCAGUUGAUUGCAAGAUGGCCAGUUCGUCCACAGGUAAAACAGCGUGGCUGUCCCUCUCUUGUCCUUUGACGUGGUAUUUCUCCGCGCUGGUCUUGAUUUCUUCGAGCCAGUCAAGUUUCUCCAACAAGAGGUUUUUCAGUUCUUGAAACUCACUUUUUCCAAUGAAAGCCUCGUUAUUGAGAGCAGCCAGCGCGGUCGUUGCAUUAUUUUGUUGAGUAAAUUUGACCCGCGGAGGUUCUGUGGUUUCACCUUGUUUGCCAAGGGCAGUGCUCAAGUUAGCUAACAGAGCAUUAUUCUGUUCAAUGACAGUGAGGAGCUUUUUGUCGUCUGUAGAGCACUGAGUAUUCUGCGUAACGCCUGCCGACAAUAAGGACUUCACAGUCUGUGACAAAUUUUCUAUCUGAGCUGCUACACUGUUUUCUGGGGAUGUGUUCACAGUAUUUUCAGAAGAGCACGCAAGACGGGCCAUCUUUACUGCUUCGCGGAAUGAUUUUGGUUAGGGUUAACUCUUCACACAAAGGAGUCGUCGUCGCUAUCGAUGCUGAUAUCUCGGAGAUCAAAAUCUGUAACUACGCCUUGGGUGGGGGUACAGAAUGCGGUUGAACUCGGGAUAUCUCUGGAACUUGUGGGAUUGGAUACGUAUAACUUGGACUCGGAUUUAUGUGCUCUUCAACUUCGGUGUCGUUUUCGGGACUUGAAAGAAAAUGAAAAGGUAACUCGGCAAAUAAAGCUUCAUGGUCCUCGUCGGAUGAAUCGGCUUAUGUUUCUUGGUUUGCUACGGACACAACAGGCUUGAAAAGGGGAGCGUAGCGCUUGCGGCCUCUCAAACAAUAUCUUGGCAAAGUCUUCGUUAAUACUUUCUUCACUUUCUUCACAGAAUGCAUAUAGGUCAACAAAUAGGUGUUACUCGAGUACUUGGGCGACUAAAGCUUUUCAUCAGCGCUCCAAGGGAUUUACAUAGCCUGGCUACGAACCAUUAAGCUUGUCGUAACUGCUUUCUUCUUGCUUGUCCUUAAGUGUCCCAGUUGAAGUUGCACUGUUUCUCUAACCACUGUGACGAUACGUUUUUGCCCUUCCAAGCACAAAUCGGGGAAAUAAGCGUAAAGAGAACUCGAGCGACUUCGGCGUAAGAACAACGAGGGGUAAAACUAACUCUGCAACUCGCUUGGCUAGCGGGAAAGGAAGGUGUCACUAUUCCAAGGUACUAGGAUCUGCUACAACUGGAAACAGGACAGGACUCAAACUUGGACUUCAACAGUUUAAUCUUCAGUUCGUGAACGUCAAAUAAAUCCGCGAUGAAAAAUAGUACAAGCAUAGGACUCCGCAAUGAAAUCGUACAAGCAUAUAAAUCCGCAAUGUAAAUCGAAAAACAGGAAUAACAGUGCUAUAUUUGCACUAAGCGAUCAACUUAUUACAACAUCUCAAAACAAACGGAAAGAAGGCUGAAUAAAAUCAGCUGAACAGCAAAAACAAAUCUGGAUAAAUUCAGGUUUAAAGUUCAUAUGUUAAAUGUCAGUCAAGCAAGUGAAUUUAGGAAACCUACAAAGAAAGCUGUGUAAAGGAAUUCAAGUCUCCUUUGCUCAGGAUUCCCUAAAAUGUCAAAACUAAAAACUACGACUGAACGGUUGGUAUUUGAACAGGCUAAAGAUCCAGUUAUUCAGUCACUAAGUUAUAAUAAUUAUCCAGAAACAAAUUAUCCUUUUAGAAGUAAACAUUGAAGUAAAAUGUGUAUAACUUAAGGGAACUAAAACAACUCAAUGCAAAUUCAAUGUAAAUUAUGGCUAACACAACUUCAAAGGGAAUAUUUAAAAGCUAGAUACGAAAUUCGAAUCAAAUAUAGAAUACAUGGGAGAUCUCUCCUUACAAAUGUAAUCGCAGUUGCUACUUAAGGUGGCUGAACACAAUUUUGGCAGUUUGAGAGUAUAUGUCAUUUGCCAAAUCAUGGCAAGAGAAAGGUUACAGCUCACAAGCUGAAACUUGGCAAGUGAAAAAUAUACUGAUGAAAGAUUUUGAUCGUAGUUUCCAUGGCAACACGAACGAUUGAAUACAACCUUAAAAUUUCGCUUUUGCUCAGUUUGCAUAGAAUAAGCUCAUUUGAUUUUCCUAUAAACUUGCACACAGCUUAUUAUAAUUAAUCAUUACCAUUUGAAACUUAUCUGACCAAAUUUGAACAGACGGGUUUUCAGAUAAUCAAUAUUAUAAUUGUACUGUAAUUAUUAAAUUUCUCACAAAAAUCGUGUGUUCAACUUCUAUUUUAAAUUUAUCAUUAUUCAAAAUACGAUAAAAGUAAAAAUUCUGCCAAAUAUCACAAAAUUUUAAUGAGCAGAUUUUGAGAAAUCGUCUUCUGUGUACCAGUGCUUUUUUCGCCUCCAUGUUUGUUUGUCUAAUAGCGUAGCGAGCGAAUGACGUCCAAGUGACUGAUUUUCAAUUUUUGCCUGAGUUUUGUCAUUUUUCUUGUUUUAAUGACAAAACACAGACAAACAUGACAUUUUAAUGACAAAAGUCGGAUAAAAAUGAGGAAUUCGCUAAUGUUAAUUUCAGUUUGUUUGUCUGAGUUUCUGGUCUAUAAACAGUAACUGCGCGCAGCACUAUUAAAACACGCGCCGUCACGCGAGUUACCGCUGACGUCCCACAAAACUGUGUUCAGCUUCCUUACUAAGUCAUUACAUUUUGUUUCUCUGAGUAUCGAAAUAUGUCAUGCGCUAAAAACUCUGGCCAAGCUAAGAAACCUACAUUAUCCCAUAUGAUUUUAGAUUGGAAGGUACUGCUUCAUACCAAACUAAUGGAGGAAUUAAAUCGUUGCAUCUUGACGGAAUAUCUGGUUACGCAGAAAUUCCUGCAAUCAAUUUCAGCAAGAGCAGCUUUUCAAUCGCCCUUCGAUUUAACGUCCGCGAUUCAAAGAGUCAAGGACAUCUCAUAUCAGAUUGGUCAUCACCAUGGCAGUUUAGACUGUAUGUGCAUUACAGAAAAGUUUACGUGCAAUUGAGACGAAGUGGUGUAGAGCGGGAUUUGCUUUCUAUGGCGAGCAAUCGGUGAGUGAAAACGCGUUCUCACGACUUUUUACAUGGCUUCUUUUCCACCUGUUAUUGAAUACCGGGGAGUGAGGAGUAACCUUAUGAUAGACGAUAACACGGCAGCAACAACUGUGCUGCGUGCCCAUCAGAAGAUUACUGGGCAUUUAUUAUAUGGCUACAAUAUCACGGGCGCUCUGAUUAGCUGCUAAGCGGGCGUUAUUUCCCUGUAAUGACCUGUCGUAACAGGGCCAGAGAUUACGUUGGUCUGAGUGAUGGAAUCAGUGUUACUGCGAGUGUUCCGUCUAACAAAGUCCACUGUCACUCUCGGUUCUCACCGUAUUUAACUGUCACGAUUUUUCUUCGAUUGUUGAUAGACUUUAAAUGGGACGAAUUAUUUGCCUUUUCCAUAUUUAAUUGUAGCUCUUAAUAGGGUGAUCCUGGGAAAAAUUCAACAUGAAUAUUAUGGUGGUAUAGAAGUAGUCUCGAGUAGGACGUAUAUCAAUGCAUUCGGAUUUAAAUGAUUGUAAGCUAUAUUGAUUUACUAUUAUAUUUUAGAGACGUUCAUGCAAAAAUCUGGACACACGUGGUAUUUGUCUGGGAUCGCUCUACCCGAAUAGGAAAGUUGUACCUGAAUGGUGCGUACGCAGGAAAAAAGCAGUAUACAGGACACGAUAUUGACCUCAAUCCGACAUAUCACACGACACAUGAGCUUGGUCUCAAAAAGGACCAAAUGAAAAAAACCCGUGGCUCGCUGAGGGAUCUGAUGGUCUUCUUGCGGCCACUUACGACGUGGGAAGCUUUUACCCUUUACAGUAAGUUCUGUAUUUUGCAUUGCGGCUACAGGCGUAUUGAUAUACAAAUUUUACUAGCAGUAGUUAAUGGCGGAGCGUCCAAGCGCGCGAUGCACGCUUAGCGGAGCCUCUGUUACUAGUACGACUGAUGGAGGGUGUUGCGAGUUUCCCUUCGUUUACAAGAAUGCACAAUGCAUGUACAGGUGUGGAAUCGGAAGACUUGUGGUGUGGAGCUAAAUCAAUCAAGACGCCAGCACCACUCAACUAGGUGACCAAGGUGUUCUAGUAGGUAAUUGCUCUCGAUUUAUUUCCGUGCUAGUAAAUCAUUAAUCUCUUUCUACAGUUUUCUUUGUUAACAAUGAUUCCCUGAUCUUUUCUAGACUUCGGACAUUUGUGUUCCCAAGCUCUCAAUAAUUUUGUUGAUGUUGUUGGUAUAUUUUGCCUUAAAAAUUAUUGAUUAUCAGUCAAUCCAUCAAUCAUUGAGGCCCUGUUAGGUGUUUUAGGGAUAAGGGAUAACUGGACAAACAAUUUAAGGGAUAGGGGAUAACAAGACCCCCUUCUCCCUCAAUAGGGCCUCUUUGAUUCAUCAAUUUACAAGAAUGUUCUACAUUUGUUCGGUAGAUCAUACUGUUUAUAUUUAUACUGGAUACUGUCUUGCUGUCAAAUUCUUCGAAUCCCUCUCUCUUCAACUCUUUUCUAGGGAUCACUGGAUGUUCUCAGUUUUACCAAGGUUUAUGUGGAUGGAAAAAUUCUAACCAAAGUGUCUCACCCUGGAAACAAGCAGUGCGUCUGGAUAUGGAAGCCUCUACCAAGCAAGUUAAAUCGUAUUUGAAAAGCAAAGGGAGAAAUUCAAAAAGAGGUUGUUAAAAAUGGGGACAUUUUAUUCCCUUUAAUUUUCAAUGUUUUUUUUUUUGAUAGACCUUUGUGUUGUUAUGAAAGCCUAGGUGGUAGGUAUCAAAUUAUUGCGUUCGACGUUAGGAUGACGCAACACAUAAUCUCGAAAAUCCCUGUGGUACUUGGGUAUCCUGUGGUACUCAAGUGCCUUCUUUUCAGCAAGCGUUUUUUGUAGCCUGUGUAGAGACGCCCCCUCCCCUCAGAAAGGGGAGGGGGGCGUCUGUAGACAGGCUACGUUUUUUGUCGUGCGUCUGCAUUUUCUGCCCCAUUUUGAAUAAUUAAGAUCGCGAUAUUUACGUCAUAUAAGCAAAUGGUAAUAACGUGAAUCUCACUGGUUCAUAAAUUCAACAAGGUGAUUUCACCAUGUCAAAAGCAGGGAGAUACUUAAGUUCGGCAAAAGAAUGAACUUUGGAUUUGUUGUCUGAGCGGGUUUCAUGGCUGAGCUGUUCUGCUACACCUGUCUCGGUCAAUGUGCCGUUCAAAUGGAGCUGAAACAUCGUAGAAAGACAUAAAUAAAGACCAGGUAACAUCUUUGCCGUUAGAAAUUUACCCGUGAGUUUGAGUCUAUUUAUACAUUUGUAGUUUUACCUCUUACACGCCAAAAAAAAAGCAUUUGGGAUAAAGUACGUUUGAAGGAUUUUACCCGCGUAUCAGUGAUUAUGUUUAUUAUUCAGGUAAUACUUUAUCCGAGUCUGAUUAUGUCUUCUCAAGUAAGAUAAGUUUAAAACAUGAUAUGAACUGACCUACAUGAAAUAAUGAAGAUGAACAGUUCGCACAAUAGCAAAAGAUUUUGUCCGAUUCACUGUCAUCUGUAAUCUAGCAAAGGUUUUUGUCCCUCCUAUGAUCAUUACUUUCACUCCAAGUUGUGUCACGUAAGAAGCCAGGAAUAUAACCUUUGAAAUCGAGGCUAUCAUGCUUUUGAAGUUUGUAGUAAGAUGUUUAUCUUUUUAACAAAAUAAAACUUUUUACAGUCGGUCUACUUUACAUUUUUAUCGACCAUUUGAGGGAGAGUAAAACGCAGACUACGGACUAUUGUUUUCACCAUGCAAAUGAGAACGUGAGAACAAUGGUCCCAUUGUUUUCUAAACCUGACGAAACGAUAGUCCGCAGUCAGUCCGCGGUCUGCAUUUUAGGCCCCCUCUACAGGUAUCCGAACAUUUUUGAAUCCGCAAUUUCCACGUCCAAGCGUAGGGUAUUCAAAUCGAAUUUGCCCGUCCACACGUAUCCGGAUUCACUCUCAGUUAGUCAGCUAAUUUAAUAUAUAACAAUUAUUCACCGAAGUGGAGGUGGCUAGUGGUGUUCCGAGCUGCGAAGCGGCGAGGUAAAUAUCCAUCACUAGCCACCGACAAUGAGGUGAAUAAUUGUUUUAGUAUAUACUAAAACAGUGAGAUAAUUGAGCUCAAAAAUGAUGAUUUUUAACUCAUUUACUCUUGCUAACGAUAACAAUUUUGCCGCGCAAUGACCGCACGGCCGUCGCGUUUUCUUCCCGACAAAAAAAACUUUUGAAGACAUUUAUUUAGGGUUAAGUUGCUUACGGCGUCCAAUUCAUUCGUCCGACAUGGAAAGAAGCCUCAGAAUGUCCAGCCGCCGUUUAGCAUAAUUGAAGUGUACAGUAAUCAUAGCUACAAUCAUGGACAAAAGUCCUUGGGACAGUCAGAACGCAACUUCAAUUCUAUGCGUUUCACAAGUUCUGUCGCAAAAAGCAGUGCUGUCUUUUUACAAAUCCAUGUCCCCUCCCCCCUCCCCGCCCAAUAAAAUGUUGAAAGAUCAAAGGAAUUGUGCCUUGACGGUUUCAACACUGUUUUGGGGGUGGGGGGAGGGGGUAGGGACGUACAGUGCUAGUAGCACGCGGAUACAAUUUCGCGUGAGCCAACUGUCAAAUGAAACACGUGAGAUGGGGGAUCUUACUAUCUUUAAACUCGCCAUAUCUUAGGAUAUAACUUUUAUCAUGUUUUUAUCUUAUUUCUAAUACUCAUUUCUUGCUGUUAUAUUGUAUUGUUAGUUAAUCACUAGUCUUAAUAUUUAUAAAUUGUAAUUAUCACACGGCAUGUCUGAAAACCAGCUUGCUGAGCCAUUUACCGUGUUUAAAUAAAGUUGAUUGAUUGAUUGAUUGAUUGCGUGUGUUAAAAAGCGUUCGAACUGUACAACUGUCCCAAGACGUUUGUCCAUGAUCGUAGGUUUAACUGCACACACGUUAUUUAGACUUGAAGCUGAAGUCCCAGAAGUAAAGAAGCGAUAACAUUGCUCUCAGUACCAUCUUGAAUAUUCACGGUUUAAAACUGGGCUCGAUCUUGUUACGUCACUAGGUAAAAAAAAAAAUAUCCAGAUUUAGCGUCCACACGAUUCCGGAUUCAUAGCAUAUUCAGAAAUUGCCACCCUGGAGAACGGAUUUAAAAAGUUGCGGAUUCUUAUGUCGGAUUCACCUGAUGAUACGUGUGGACGGAAGCGCGAAUCCAGAAAGAAACAAUUUCCGGAUACAUGUGGACGGGGCCUUACACUACUCUGAAUGUUAACUCUGUAAAAAAAAAAGAUCUAAGUUUCCCUUUUUGAAUAAUGCUCGACGGCAUAAAAGCUAAUCUGGAGCUAAGAAAACUCGAACGCACACUUAUUAAUCUACGAUUACUACUAGCUUUUAUGUACUGUAUGUAUCGCAAGCUUCACUGUGAAUAGGAAAUAUAAAAGUACUCUUGCAAAUGGGCUUAAUCUGGACGUUAUCUUUCUAUAGGCUUUAUGAAGGACAGUAACUACCAACUGGACUUCGUUGAAAAUCACAAUGGACAUGUCAACAUAACUGAUCUUCCAGAUCUCAUUGCUUUCACGAUCUGUUUCUGGAUGAAGACUUCCGAUAAUACGAGUGCAGGGACUCCCAUAUGGUACAGAGUCCGAUAUGAAACUAACGGAAAAUACAUCCCUGCUAUUGCACUUGUAGACUAUCGAGGAUUCGGUGUUUAUAUAGGCGAGGAAAAGUCGUAGGUGUACUUUAUUUCUAUUUAUUUAACCUCUUCUUAACAGUCAGUGCAAUUUCUAUUUUGUUUGUUCUUAUCGUCCAUAAAAUAUCGCAGUAAUGUUGCCUUUUUUCUAGGGCCAAAACGGACUCAGCAGCAAAUAACGGCAAGUGGCAUCAUAUUUGUUUGGUAUGGACUUCUGAAGGCGGAAAGUUCACUUUACAUAACGGCUUGUCAAUACUCCUAGAAACGAAACUUUCUGAGGGAGAAAAGAUUCCUGGUAGGCACAGCUGUCAUCUUAUGGCUUUGUUGUACUGAUUAGAACCUGAAACUUAAUAACCCGACUUCUACUUCGCUCGUGCCUCGUAUUUCACGACAAAAACUGAAUUACUGGAAGAUUUCUUCGAAAUUGCUUAGAAAACAUCUAUAUCGGAAGUUGAAGAAUGAAAGGUGACUUUUCGGAAGAAGUACCUAUUUAUAACAUUUAUCUCUAAGAACGAGGCAAAACAUAUUUUCGUCAUAAUCUGGGAGAUAAAAGAAAUAUUCUCCGAGCGAGAAAGUAAACGAUGCUUUCAAAAAUCUUACUGCCACUUCAUGUUCGACAGGAGGAGGUGAAUUUAUUAUUGGCCUGACAGAGGAUUUGGCAAAAGAAGAUCCCCAAGCUGGACAGUAUAUUGGUCUGAUAAGCCAUGUUAACAUCUUUAAAAAAGCCCUUGAUAGAGAGGAGAUAGAAUGGAUGUCGCACGGUUGUGGCAAAGACUUUUCGCAUGCGAUCUACCCCUGGUCGCAGUUUAUUAAAGGCUUUGUUGGGGACGUGAAAGACGAAAAACCUGCAUUGUGUACAGAUCGUGAAGGUGACGUACGCAGUGGUGUCGCAAGAAACCACAUAUCAUGAGCAUGCUAUAGUGUAAUUUAUUACCUUUAACCCUAUUCAGACCGGGGCGCUUUUGGAGCCCCCCUCUAGCUAAAAAGUUGAAUAACUUCAGAACCGUUCAAGGUAUAACCACCAACACGCGGCGACUUUGCUUUAAAAUUAUCUGGGAACAUUUUAAAGUCGUCAUGACGGGUACGUCAACAUUGACGUUACCACGGCAACCGAGUUUUGACAGUCAUGUUUUUGAAAGUUUGCUUUUUUCCUAUAAAAAGGAUUGAUUUUUUUUUUACAUAGUGAAUUUUAACAUUACACUUAAUUCAGCAACAUUUCAUUAAUUAUAUUAUAACUGUUAGUGUGAAACAGGCCUUUUAGCGUUUGAUUUGAGAAAAAAACAUGACUUUAAAAUGCUAGCUCUCCAUUUGGGUGGGCGAAGCGAGCCACUCGAGAACGCGCAAGCAAGCGAGGGGGGUGCUCAUGACUUUUCACGAAAUCCCUCAAAAGGAGAGCUUGCUCUCAGGUUAAUCAUUUAAUUUUCAUGAUAAUUUUGAUGUUUUUUUUUUCACAAAACGUUUGAAAAAAUAUGUUAAAAUUAGAUGUUUUGUUCCUUGAUUAUUUCUGUAAGUUUUUUUUUUAUUUUUAAAGCGCGUGAAUGGCUAUACUUCAUUCUUAGUUAUGAGGUCAAAUCUCUAUUUCUCAACUUUUUAAAUUUUUUCUCCAACAAAGGAUACCGCUUCAUGGUGUUUAAUAACAACACGUCACAACCAUCUCAAACAUCCUUUUUCGAGAGUCCACUGUAUGAACGAUCUUAUGAGGGUCACAAUAUCUGUGUACGGUUCAGAUAUCUCGUCUACGGCCCCGGGAGACACUUCCUUCGUAUAUACCAACAACUGAAUUUAACUGACUACCCGCGGAGGCUGGUGUGGGCAGUGAGCGAGUCAAACAACACUGAUCUGAUAUGGAAAUACGGAAGAGUCGCACUUCCGAGUGUUACAAAAUACAAGGUAAUGAAAAACAAGUCACCACAUAACCUCUUUGUUGUGUUUUCACAAGGAAGUCGUAGGGGGCAUUUGGCCCUUUUUCUUUUUAUUAAUCAUGCUCACAUAUGUACGUGAAUACAUACACACACACAUACAUACACACACACACACAUACACACACACACACACACACACACACACACACACACAUCCACACAUAUUUUCUCCCAAUUUUCUCCCUUUCAGCACCAAUAUUACAAGUAAACCGCGUCAGCUAAAUAAAGUAUAAAUAAUCUUUCGGUAAAUUAAAUAUAACAAAUAAUUAAGAACGAAUAUACUAACAUGAUUUUCUUAAGUCCUCAGGUGGUGGAUGAGACAAAAUUUGAAAGAAACAGUUCUCUGGAGUAUUAUCACAUGAGCUAAAUUGAGAAAAAAACGUGCAAGUUAAAGAGGACUAUUGCAAAGACUGACUGACAUUUUUACUCAGAAAACAAAGUUUUUUCCCUUUUUAAAUUAUCUCAUUUUAAAUCGUUAAAGUCAACUAAUCGGUCGCCAUAAUCUUUUUUUCAUUCUCCUUUACAACAACUGAAUUUCAACAGUAAUGGAAUACCAACCUAUACUUCUGCAGGUAUCUCUGGAAGCAGAUUUGGGCAGUGAACCUGGUUAUAUAAGUGUCAGAGGUGUUCACGUGGUUCCAGGAUACUGUCAUCCAUUGCCCUUUACGGCAACUAAAGGUGCAGUGUUGUUUAGCUUGGGACACGUCCUCAAGAAUCCGGAUAGUUUUAAAGUGUCAAUUUUUUUUUUACACAAAUCGGCCUUCUGUCCACAGGAAACCACUUAAUCCGCUUACCAAAAUCGCAUCCUUUUAAAACCGCGCCACAGAGAUUGUAGAGGCCCCGUCCAAACGAAUCCCGGUAACAAAAUAUGCGGUUUUAAAUAUGUCAAAAUUUUAUGUGGAAGACCCGCGGUCGGUACCUCUAGGCUAAUGGGGAUUUGACGCUGGAGGGGGUCGCACUUUCGCAACUGGGUUGACUAUAAUGGGGUUCCUUUUUUACAAUAGAGAUUUUUCCGGUAAGUUAAGUCUGGUGGCAGAAAUAAAAACAAUAAUACGAAAAUGAUUUCCAUAAUUCUGACACUGUUACACAACCUUAUUUUUCCUUACGACUAUAGUGACUAAUGUCCUAGCCUGUUCCAGGCGUUCAGAUAGUAGAGCGCGGAAGAAACCAUCUGACCGCCUGGAACAGUCUACUGAUGUCCGUUAACUUUGUUUUAAUGACUAUGAAUUAACUUUCUUUUUCAGAAUGCAACAAAAACUUUACCACAAUGUCAGGCAUAAUUUUAUCCCCACACCAUCCUGGGUAUUAUCCACCGCUGACGCGUUGCCGGUGGACCAUCAAUGUUCCUCACGGAAACACCAUAAAACUGCGAUUCCUGGAAUUCCAAUUGGAAGAUCAUCCUUCCUGCUUUAGAGACUCCCUAGAGAUAUAUAGUGGACUUGAGACCAGAAAGUUUUUGGGAAGAUACUGCGGAGAAAGAUUUCCAGCUUUCGUUGAAUCAUCUUCAAAUGUUAUGGUGAUAACGUUCGAGAGCAACGACAAAAUUACCGGGUUAGGUUUCAAACUACACUAUACCUCAAAGAAAGGUGAGGAAUUGCUAUUAAAAGGCUUAAAAUUGAUUCAUCAUCCCUUAAGGGUUAAGGUACAUGGCUAUAUUAACAGUAAUUGCUAGUAAUCACAGGCGGCCCAAGCUCUGCAAUAUAAGACUACGCGUGGUUGCAUGAUUCAAAAUGGCCGUCAACGUAAAGGAGUUGUAUGGGAAUUCAGGCAAUAGAUUUGAGAAGUUUAAUACUCGCGGACAUUUUCAAAAAAAUACGCUCUACCUUAUUUACUUGGUUUCUUCUUGCUUCCUGUAUGUUUAUUUUCCCUAUCCCUUGCGAUUUAAGCGAUUUCCUUUAUCCCGAGUUUAUUUCCACUAAUAAACUAAAAGGAGUGAAAACUCGGGAUUAAGGAAAUCGCUGAAAUCGCAAUGGAUCGGGAGAGUAACCACACAGGCAGCAAGAAGACACCAAGUAAAUAAGGUAGAGAGUAUUUUUUUGAAAAUUCCUGCGAGUAUUUAUCUUCUCGAAUCUAUUACCUGAAUUCCCAUACAAAUCCUUUAUGUUGACGUCCAUUUUGAGAAUUAAAGUAUAGUAAUCGGCUAUUUAAGGACGUUGGGGCUAAUUGUUUCUGCGUAUCCCUACUGAGCACGUAAUUCAUAGCGUAAUAUCACGCCACGUCAUGCAUCGAGCGAGCGCUGAGACUAAGCAACUGUCUAAGCACAUAUAGGGCUGGUAGCCGUUGCGCUAAAUUCCCUUGCAAUUUACUUUCUUAAAUGGUCGGUGACACCCCAUUUUUUUGCGGUAGACCACUUCCUCUUCCACUUUCCGAUAGAUUGUGAAAAACUGAACAAAAAAUCAAUGUGGGAAGGUAAAAAAUUUCCAAUUUUUCUGUGUACGUGGCGUCGAAUUUUGGCAUUCGUGCGACUGUUAGGAGAGUAGAAAUGUGUCCGCUAAAUGAUAAAAUCAACUCUGAGGAAGUUUUUUAGGGACUGGUCAAAAAGUAUAGAGGGGGUGGGCCGGAGCAGAGAGGGGGUAGGUCAUGAGGUUUUGCGCCUUGUGCAAGGGGUGGGUCGUGCAAUUUUCAGCUACCCUUAGGGGGUGGGUCACCCUAUUUUAUUACAUAGAUAGGCACUAACUACUAACGAGACAGUUGACUACACUUGUUAUAUAAAACACAGCCAGCUGGAAUUAUUGCUAAAAUACUCACAAACCUGUUGUGCGAGAAAGUACAAAAGGGUGACAGGCCGUACAUCUAUACGGGCGUGGAACCCUUAACCUUUUUUUUUUGGCUCUUACGAGCAUGUCCUUUAAUGAUUUUCCUUUUUUGUAAGGAAAUGAUUGGUGGUUCUUUAAAAAUUUAUUGAGGUUACAGUUGGUUUUGUAUAAUAUUCCAUUUUUUCAUUCAAGCUUCCUUUAUAGUAGACACUGAGGGCUGGUAUUGUGUCACGAAUGGCAAUAUUUCUUUUUCCUCGUUGUUGUUUUGUUUUAGGAGUUUAGACUCCAUUUUGUGAAUUUUAUUUCUGAUAGUAUGUUUUCUCUCAAAGAUUGUAAAUAGCCCCCGUCCAUCAAGUGUUACUUUUUAAAUUUGAAUUAUUUUUCUCAAAGGUUGUUUCUGAGGAGUUUUUUUUGUAGAAUUCUCAAGGCUUCUCCUUUGACAAAUCCUUUUUUAACAUCUGGAGGGUGACACGAGGUGAAAUGUGUGUGCAAGAAGGUUUACGUUUGUUAAAAAUGUGUCUUUGCAUCAAGGAUAGAUUUUUCCUUGAAUCUUGUGCCUUUGUAUACAACCGUGUCUAAAAACGCAGUCUCAGUGUCAAAUGUUUCGGCCGUGAAUUCAAUAGUUGGGUGAUGUAAGUUUGCUUGUUCAAUGAAGGCUUCGAUGUCUGGUUUACUCAUGUCCCAUAGGGCAAAGAUAUCGUGUAUGUAGCAUUUCCAAACUGUUGUUCUAAAGACAGUUUUGCUUAGAGUUGUUGUUUCAAUGUAUGUCAUGAAAAUAUUGGUAAAGGAAUCAAAUCUGCUGUCUUUGUGCCCAUUGCAGUUCCAUGGUUUUGUAGGUAGUCCUUUCCAUUGAAGUGGAAGAAAUUUUCUUUGAGGAUCGAUUAAUCUAAGCAUUUCCAGCAAGUAAUGUGUAGGAAUGGGUUGCCUUUGUAGAAAUUUUCAUAUGCUUUGUGACAGACAAUUUCAAUAUACCCUCGUUUUGCUGUAUAUUUGUGUCAAGACUCAUAGCGUCCAUCGAAACAAGGAAAGUUGGGUUUUUCACAUUUGUCUUUUCAGUGAAAUGUAUGAUUUCUGUGAUUUUGAUAUUGGUUGUAGCAGUAUAUCAACAAAUUUUGUCAAGCACAGAACAAGGUUUUAUUGGAUUAUUAAGAGGAAACCAAACAUCCAUGUUUUAACUAGGGGGUGGGUCAUGCAAUUUCCAACCUUACUUUAGGGGUGGGUCAGUCAUUUUUGUGCCGAAGGGAGGGGGUGGGUCAUGUGUUUUUUAUCAACCACAUUUCCAAAUUCUCCGGCACACCCCCCAAUACUUUUUGACCAUUUCCUUAGUUCACCGAAUUUUGUUUAUGGAUCCACAAGAACAAUAAUUGGCGGAUAAAAUUUCAACUCAGGGAUUUAUUUAUAAACUUUUUGCACAGACAGGCACUUUAUCCGUAUGCAGUAACGAAGCCCGAUUUCUCAGAUUUUGGGUGAUCUUUUGAACAUCAUAUCUCCGAAACGAAUUAGGUGACCCCCCAAUUUUUUUAUAUUUUUGACAUGAGUUACCCAUAACCUCAAACUGGUGAAAGUUUCAGAAAAAAAAUCAAUGUUAGAAGAUUUUCGUGCAAACGUCCUUAAGCGGCUGUUACCGUAAUCGCUUUGUAAAAUGUUUUAAAUAAGACGAUGGGUUCUAUCAAGUGGACAAAAGGUUUAAUGUCAUUUCCAAAUUUAAUUUUCAAUUAUGUUUUACAUCUAUUUGAAUGACUUUAUAUUUUUUUCGGAAUUGCAACGUCCCAUAAUUAUAUUAACAUCAAACCACAGUGAUAUCUACUGUAUUCUAUUCUGCAGCACCACAAAACCUUAAUUUUUACGCGUGGUAGUAACAUUAGUAUUUAUUUUUAUGAGUCAUUAAGAACACUGAAAAAUAAUGACUUUUUUAACAUUUCCUCUCUUUUUUUAGCUGACAUUGAUAAAGAAGCUUGUUUUCAAUACGAAGGUAGGCACCAAAAAUUUCUUCUCCCUAAACCCGCUUCCCAGUCCCAAUAUAAAAAAGUAAAAGUCACGUGAUGACAAACCAGGUCGACAGAUGUAUGAAAAAUUUCUCUUUACUGCGCUUUUCACAAACAUGCGAACUCUAAAGUUCAAAAGCCGCCUUCACAACUGCGUUUUUCGUUGCCGUCAAUCAUAAUUACGAUCAUAUGCAACGAACCUUGAAACACAGAAACACGCAAAACGGAUCGAAAUCCACCAAUCACAAAUCACAAACCUUGACCUUUUGAACCCGUUUAAGUAAAGUUUUAUUUCCUAAGAGGUCCGUUAAGAUGGUUGACGGCAGCGAAAAAUGCAAUAGUCAGUUGGCUUUUGAACUUCAGAAUUCGCAUGUUUGUGAAAAGCCCAGUAAGGCAGAGAUUGCAUCUUUUACAACAAACGUAAUGAACUCGUAUCUUCUUGCCGCCGCAGGAACAAAGCGUUGCUACGUAACAACUAAACAUUCCAUCAUUUGAAUUAACCGCAUCAUUGCUUAUGUAAAUCUUAUUGUAUAAAAACGACGGUUAUGAAUAUUCUUGUCAUUAAAGUCCCCGUGAGCAAUCACGAAACAGGCUUGAAGGGAUAAAAGUGUAGUUUUUUUUUUUCUAUUUUUCAAUAUAUAUAUAUAUUUCUCUACUCUAACAUAUCGAGCACCGUGCUACGGAACUGAUCGCAACACAAAUAGUCAACCACAAACGGCAUCGGCGAUUGAAAAACAAACUGGAAACAAACUACAUAAAGAUCCCCGCCAGGCAGUUAGCUCAAUGUUAUUACCGCCUCUUUAAAAAAAAUCACAAUGUUAUUACAAAGAAUAAAUGAAAUGCCUUUUACUGUUUAAGGUUGUCCGUCAAGUUGCGAGUGUAAUCCAGUUUCACGGAAGAGUCUUGAGAUGGUGAUAACAGUGAAGAAGGGAAGGAAACUGACUGCUUUCCCAAGGAAAAUUCCUUCUAAGGCAGCCGUAAUGUGAGCUGAUUCCCUGAUGCUUGCGUUUGCUAAUUUCGUCAAUAAUUUGUAAAGAGAAAACUAAGAAAAUUACCAUUCUGAGCGAGAUUUGAAUAUGAUACUAAUUACAUUAAGUUUUGGAAAAUUUGGCUGCAAAUUUCUCCAAUACGUUUCAAAGGUUCACGAUGAAAUAUCAAACACUCAGUGCCGAUCCGAUGUAGUGUUUCUCUCGAUUUUCAACACCCUGAAGUUAAGUAACUCGUAUUUGCACAGCACUUCUGGCCACGGAUUUGUUGAUUUAUUCAUCGCAUCGUACCUAGCUAUAUAGUUUAAGUAGGUGUUGAUUUGCAGUCGCAUCCAAAAGGAUCUUUUCCGUGUAAAUAUUAAUGUUCCGCCUUUUCUAAGAUAGAAGACAAAUAUUACUGAGAUCGCCUUUUCGCUCUUUACCCAAAACAUCGGUUUGUCAUCUCUUCUUACUUAAGGUGUGCUAUUUUUUUUUUCUUUAAAUCGAUUUUUCCCCCUUUCAUUAAGGGUAAUCCACAAAAAUUAAGAAAGAAAAAUUAGAAUUAAACCAACGAUAAAAUUGCACCGCAAUUACUGAGUAAAUAGCUGAUUUUCACCGAGAACUAAACUUGAAAAAUUAUAUUUUACUGCUUUUAAUCCCACAGACUAUUUCAGAGGAAUAAAAUAUCCAAUCUACCCAAGAAACAACUCUCUGAUCUGUCAAGUCUGAAGUAUUUGUAAGUUUCUGAUUCACACUUAUUUUUAGUGAGUAAACAGUUCGUUAUUUUUUUAAAUAUUAUAAAAAUAUCACAUAAAAUCUCUACAGGGACCUAAGUGGAAACCGCAUCUUCAGAAUUGAAAGAGAUGCAUUCGGCAAUGCAUCGGUGCUACAAACUUUGUAAGUGUAAAACUGAAAACAACUGAAAUGUCACUAAAAUGUUAAGUUCAUGCCCUAGCUGUUCAAACGGAUAAAUCUGCCCAAUUGGUUUUUCCCAAUUUAGCGGCUCAAUUGGUUUCCCUAAUACUUACCCGCUGGAUAGUAAUUUAUCCGGUGGAUAGCGCUACAGUAUUUUUUUCAUAAGAGUAAAACUAUAUUUUAUAAGAAAAUUGAGGCUAAAAUUUGUGAAAUUUUAAGAAUAUUUCAAGAAUAAACCCCGAGGCUGAGAAUUGGAAAAGGACGUCUCAAUUUUGUAUGUUGAAAACCCGUAAAUACAGUACAAUUAUAUGUUUUGACUUAACCGUAUAAAAUUAUUCCUUUCCCUAAACGGCGCUGGAGACAGAUCUAGACACAGAACACUAUGGCAAUUGAAACCCCAAUACAAAUGUAAAGUGGAAAUGUUAUAAGCUAUAAUUUAUAAUUAAGAAUAAUUUAAGAAUAUUUUCAGCCUAAAAUCGACAGAAAAAUAAGAAUAUUUUGCCUGGGACGGAAAAACAACAUUCUUAUAUAAAAAAAGAGUGUAUCCAUCCAACUUUUAAACAACUGCGCCCAAACAUUAACUGGGCUUCCACUAAAACUCAAUUGACCUGUAGCCACAACAACUUUUUUCAAAUCUACAAACCUUAAAAAAUUAGGAAUGGUCUUUAAACGUUUUCUUUAAGGGAGUUUCUCUUAUUGAUAAAUUUAUAGCACCCAUUCUUGGCUUAUCUCAAAGGAUUGUUCACAUUUUAGGAAACUUGACUCGAAUUUCAUACGGGCCUUACCUAACGCCAUGUUGGACAAUAUGAACAAUCUUCAGACUUUGUGAGCUUAUUAGUAUUUUUAUUUUUUUGGUCUUUAAAAUAAUAUACCGUAAAUCCUCUAUUAAGCUCCCCCUUCUAAAAUAAUCCCCCUCCCUCUAAUAAGCCCCCUCUCUCCCCUCCCCUAAUUAUUCUUCAGUAAUAAAUGUAAGACUUUUUUAAUCAAUCACGACUGUGGACUGAUCGGGGAUGAUUUAUUUACCACCUGGAAGAUCGGGUUUGAUUCUGAUCCUCGACCUGCCUGACCUCCAACCUUAGCUUCUUGUACUUGAGCUUUUCCACUUUGUAUAUUCUCUCUUCUUUAUGGAGUACUGAUACCAUCGUCUUUUCUAAAUUAAGUAAGCCCGCGCCCCCUUCUCCGAUAAGCCUCCUGUCUCUAUUAAUCCUAACCUCCAAUGAGAAAUAAGGAACCCCCGGGGGCUUAAUAGAGGAUUUACGGUAAACUAUCUUUUUUUCUAUUUUCUCUAAGGGACUGCAGCGCUAAUUUGAUUGACACCAUUUCGGCGAACACAUUCAGUGCAUCGUCAGCAUCGUUGACUACUUUGUAAGUAAUCGAACGGAGCAUUAAAAUAAAAAAAACUAACAAGCAGACUGGCCAAACUCGGUUUAAGACCGACAUUUUCUCUGACUGGGGAUGUUUGAUACAUUGUUUUUUUCUUAGGAGCCUUAGGCAAAAUCGCAUAAAAAGCAUUGAAAAGGACGCAUUUAAAUCGAUGAGUAACUUACAACACCUGUGAGUAACACAAUACAUACGUAUUGCAUUUGUUUUGCCAAUUUUAUUUAUUUACCAGCUUUUCUGGACACAGGCCUGCCCAGAGGGAAUGUGCACGAACGGGACUCAGGUCCCAUGCGAGGUGCCAUCCCUGCCCAAUCCCACAACCCGUGAAGGUUGGCCGCAUCACCGGGGUCUACGACCCCUACUCUUUUCGAAUAGUGAUGUGGGUUCUUUUACGUCCAAGAAGAACAAAUCAGUGAAAGUGCUGUGAGACGGGACCUACGGUUUUUCGCCCUUAUCCGAGAAGACUAGAAAGCCUAACUAUUUGCAGAUGUCAUCACAAAAACAACACUUUCUUCUCAGUUAUUUAAAGACCCUGAGGGUUGGUCCGGCCGGGAUUUGAACCCUGGACUUCCCGCUCGGCAGACCAGAGCUCUCCCAACUGAGCUAACCAGGCUGCGGUAAAACAGUAUUUUUCCUAAUUAAUUUUGCUUUGAUUUAAAACCCAAUGUAGAUACCUUCAGCAAAAUGCGGUGAAAGAGAUACCUGGCGGCUUAUUUCUUGGUUUAUCCAGUCUAAAGAUAUUGUAAGUUAAUCUGAAGAAUUAACAGUUAGUUCACGCGUCAGCGUUCGUAUGUCGAGAUAUCGAGAACGCUGGAAGUUUGGAGAGCACGAAAGACGCGUAAGAGUUGCUCGAGGCUCGGCCUUGAAACUGAGAGAACGUUUUCUCAAGUCUUUUAACAUAACAUUCUAAAAGGUUAUAUAAUCGAUACUGAGGUGCCGGAAAAAUAUUAAUUCACCUAAAAAUUCUUUUUGAGAGAAACAACUUUGCAAAAAAUGAUUUGCACCCGCCAUAGCCUGCACAGCUCGCGCAGACGACAACAACAACACUCGCCUCUUUUUCCUACUAUCGUUUAACAUUUUCAAAAGUUUUCUCUUAAAUUCAAGUUAUAAAACACAUGGUUAACGCUACAUCCUGUACUGUUGAGUUCUGGAUGCUCUUGGGAGGACUGGUAAGCUCACAAGAACUCCAGGUACGGGUAUAGUUUAUUCAGGUCAUCAGCGCGCUCAAUGGGAAUAGGCACCCACGCGCUUUUGACUUUGAUAGGGCAAAUACUCUAACUAUGUUAUGAAACAUUACUUAUUGAACUCAAACAUAUUUUGUCUUGGAUUCCCCUUCUUACAACUAGGCCGAAAAAAAAAACAUGAAAAAAGAUGCGAAAUCGGUAAAUCUGUUUUGCCGUUGCACGUUCUCAUGGUAAGAAUUUCAUCCUCCCUAUGCGAGAAAAAAAGAAAUGGUAAUAUUUUUUUGAUUUCAGAAACCUCAAUGUUAACCAGAUCAUGCGGUUAUCUUCAAAGACAUUUGCUGGGCUGUCAUCCUUGGAGAAACUGUAAGUGGACCUUGCACAAAAACAUCAUGAAUAACAGGUUGGAGUUAUCAUAAAAUCUUUAAGUUUCUUGCACCGCAAGACUUCAAAAAAACAAAUCCGUUUCAAAGAUAAGGCAGUUCCGUUAUUGGGAUAUUUUAAAACACUGCUGCUAUCAUAUCAAAAGUAUAAGCUAGAGGUUGACAAGUUACCAAAUGUUUCUUUUUCGGUUUUUAGGGAUCUCAGGAAUAAUUCCCUUGAUAUGAAAAACUUCCCAGCAGACGCUUUCAGUGGACUUAAGAACCUUAAAGAAAUGUGAGUUUUGCUUACAACUAGAGGAUCUUUUGCGUGGAAAUUAUAAGGAGUGGCGCUAUACUAUCUAGUACCCAGAUUUCCCACGGCCACUUUUGAUCUUUGUUCGCGAUUAGGUGUUAUUACUAGCGAAUGUGUAGUUCCAGAAAAUAUCCAUACCCACCCCACCCCCCCUCCCUCCCACACACACACACACACACACACAUGGAGGGCAACGGAAAUUCCGAGGGGCGGGAGAUCCAAAAGGAGGCAAUUUCCUGAGGGGGGGGGUGGGGUGUUUUCUCGAAAGUUCUCUCCGGGGGCUCCGAGUAAGAUCGAUGAGUUGUUAAAAAGUAACAGCUGCUCUGUUGAGCAAGCUAUCAGUUAUUUGACUGUAAACAGUCUUACAAAACGAUAAAUAUUGUUUACAUCGACGAUAUUUUAUUUACGGUGGGCUGAAUGCUUUUUCACAGCUUACGCGACAGAUAGUUGUCAUCGACUCAUGAAUAAACUUCCGGUUAUUUAGCUGUUGCUGUAUUACACAAUAUAUUUUGGUAUUCGCCCUAAUGUUUUUGUGUUCUAGGAAAUAAAAGUAAAGAAAGUCCAUCCGGGGACUCGGUGUUUAGUUUGAAUUUAACUGGUCUUUUACAGAUGACAUCAUUUGUGAUGUGUAAGGUAUCGUCUCCAUGUUUCUCAGUGCCUUACCGUUAAUUAUUAACUAAGAAAGACCGUUACGAGGCAAAAUUGAGAUUAUUAGACGCUGUGUGAAAAUUAAUAUAAAGAUAUUUUAUCUCUUUAUCGCAGGAGCAAUGGUCUUUCGCAUAAUAGUAUAGUGCAACAGCAUUUUUGACAGAAAUGUUCUUUCCAUUGGCUGCCUAAUAAAGUUGGAAAUCGAGGUCUGACAUACAUCCCCUGGAAAGGAAAUUCGGGGGGGGGGGAGACUAAAAGCUCUAAAGCAAAAGUGCCUUCCGUGCGGGGUUUGGAUAGUUUUUGGAACUACACAAUCUUUUUUGCUAAAGCCUGUUUGAAAAACUGUGUACCCUGACAAUCACUUUUGUAACCAAUUUUCUCCUAAGGUUAUUCUUUGUAGCGUUUUGCAAAAAAAAAAAAAACUAAUCAGAAGAGGGUAAUGUACUUACGGUAAAUAUUAGCCGAGUCAGAGAUAAAUAUAUCUUUAAUACUCCAUUGCAGUAAGAAAUUUGAUAUUUUGAUAUUUGUUUCGUUUCAGUUAUUUGGACGAGUAUAUUCUUUGUUGUUAUGCCGAAAAUGUAGUGCCUGGGGUUCGAUGCAUCUCACCCAAAGACGAAUUUUCUAGCUGUUCUGACUUGAUGAAAAACAAAGGUGUUCAGAUUUGUGUUUGGAUUUUGGGGCUUACUGCUCUUGCUGGAAAUCUUCUCGUUAUUUUAUUGAGAGUUUCUGUGAAAGAAGACAACAAAGUGCAUUCAUUUCUUCUGACAAAUCUAGCUAUUUCAGAUCUACUAAUGGGUGUCUAUUUGCUUAUCAUUGCCUUCAAAGAUGUACAAUGGCAAGGUGAAUACUUUAAACAUGAUGUCAAUUGGAGAUCGGGGCUGACAUGCGCAUUUACGGGGGUCCUUUCGAUGGCAUCAAGUGAGAUAUCUGUGUUGAUGCUGACUCUUAUCACAACAGAUAGACUUAUUUGUAUUGUUUUCCCGUUUAAAAUGCGACGGAUAAAUCGCAAGCGUUCUUUCAUUAUUGUGGGAGGUAUAUGGAUUUUUGGAACAAUGAUAUCAAUCAUUCCAACCUUAGGGUUUGAUUACUUCUUUGACAAAAAGCGCGAUGUUGGAUUUUAUGGAAAAUCAGCUGUUUGCCUUCCUCUUCAACUGUCAACAGAGAGACAGGCUGGCUGGGAAUAUGCGGUUAGCAUUUUCAUCAUUCUAAACUUUGUCUCCUUUAUGUAUAUUCUCACUGCGUAUACAGCAAUGUACCUAAGGGUCAAGGGGUCUGCAAAACAGGUCAGGUCAACAAACAUGAAGAGAGAAUCGAAAAUGGCUAAGAGAAUGAUGCUUAUUGUUUUAACUGAUUUCGUGUGUUGGAUGCCUAUUAUCGUCAUUGGCCUUUUAUCCUUGCUCGGAAAGUUUCAUGAUCCUGAGAAACAAGCCUACGUUUGGAUUGCGGUGUUUGUUCUCCCAGUGAACUCUGCUCUCAAUCCAAUAUUGUACACAUUUUCUACUCCACUCGUUAAAAGAAAAGUGGGUGAACACAUUGAUUCACUUAUCUCUUUCUUGGAACCAACAGUGCGGCGGCCGAACACAACCCCAGGUAUGUUACUAGGGAGCUUAAGCAAAGGUGUUUUUUAGCGACGCACGUCAACCGGAAGUGGACUUUUUUGUAUACUUGGGUAGUGCAGUGGUUUUGCCCAAAUCCUUGGGCAAAUCGUCUCUAUAAGACAACAGACAUCGAGCAAUACAAAUAGGUGAAGACCGUUGACAGGAAAAGGCCUCACUUCCGUUUGCGUGCAUCCUUCAAAUACGCCUUUCCUUAAUAGGCUCCGUAUUACCGUUUGUUUUUGUCGUAAUCUCCCUUAUAAACUCCCUCACUGAGUUUUCAACGGGAAACGUGUUAGAGAGAAAGGUACGUUAUGUUAAUGCGUACUAUUUAGCCAUGGCUGUAAAAGUAAGUUAUUGAGCGAAGAUGGGGCAAGUUUUCAGUUGCCCAUAAUAAACUGACGGUAUACGUCACAUCCCUUAACACAUGCACUGUAAGCUAGAAGGAAAUGUCAUGAAAUCAUUUAAUAACCAAGUUGACGUCCAAACAGGAUAUUUUGGUUUCUUUCUCCUUUUAUUUUCUACGUAGCCGCCAUUGUAGGUCUGAAUAAAGUGAAAACUACUCUACCGUUUGUUUACCUGUUUGUUACGUAAUAAAGUGAUCUUUUUUCGUCUCUAUGGUCGGUGUCUAUUCAGUUCUAAUGGCUGCAUACAAAAUAAACCACCAAAAAACCCGAUACUUCCUCUUUAAACAAAUUGUACGUACGGUACAUUAGCAAAAGAAUUUUGGUCAACAUUUUUUUUCUUGUACGUUAAUAGCAAAAGGUAAGGGAGUCCUGUUGAAGCCGUUGCUGACCUCGAAUCCAAACAAAUCCAACCGUAAACCAGACGAGAUUCUAGAACGUGAGAGACCCGAGUCAGAGUUGAAACUUGUUGAAAUACCAGGCAUAUUUGCAGAUGAAACCUCUCUGUCAGUGGUAAGUCUUGUGACACAAUUUUUGUAGUAGUAACGUUUUAUGAUACGCUGUGAGAAAGAGCAAUGAAAAUUUUAGCUGAUCGUCAAACGAAAAACGGACGCAAACGAGAGGAUAUCAUAUGUAUGAGUGCUAAUGGGAAGGGAUGACCCUUGGUAAAGAUUGCAAAAGCGUUUCAACCGCAUAUGUAUCAGCACUUCCGAACCAUAUAUUGAUAUUAUUCAGUAGUAUGAUAGGGAUAUUUUAUUCCCCUUUCUUGCGCAGAAAUCUUGUGCAUUUGUGAAGGAAUACUUAAAUGUCAAUGACAUCAAGUUCUAUGGUUUGGCAUGAAUCGUUGUUCUUGAAAAGACGACGUCACAGAUUUUGCCGAUUCAGUGGUUGAGAGAAAGUAGAAUACGCUUUUUUGUUGAUAUAUUUUGCAAAUCAAUUUUGCUGGUUACCUAAAGCUGAAAAAUAAUUUGUAUCCUUUUUCUGGUUUUUUGACUUUUGGUUGGCAGAUAGUGCAUAUCUGUCCAUGCGAUAAAGGCCAAUUGGUUUUAGUGACACUACAAUUAAAUGUUUCCUCCAACACUAUCGCGAUCAUCGUCACAAAAAUGGAACAUGACAUCAUCCGAUUUAAGAAGUUCCUUGGCAUCUUCAUAACGUCUUCAAUGUUAAUGUGGUACUGCACAAAAAUGGGGCUAAACAUCCCUAC